GCAGUGAUUUUCAGGCGUGCAUUACAGAAUCUCAAAAAACAUUAACAUUAGAAAAAUAAAGUAGCUACCAUGCUUAAAAAUAUGUUGAAAAUUACACUAAUUGUGGCAAUCCUGCCAAUAAUUAGUUUGGCCGCUGAUCCCGAAGAUGGACUGCACAAAUACCGCGCCUCUCCAAAACUCACGGGGCCUGUGAAACUGCUCCACGAUCCCGAGGACGGCAUAUUGAACACUCUGGACGAGGCUCUUGAGAAGAUCUCUACGAUUUAUAUGCAGGCCUUGUUCGCUGGCACCCACACUCCGGAGUUGGAAGCUCCACUGAGAGCCCUUGAAAUCGAGUUGUUCGAUCUGUUGGAUCAGCUCUAUAAGCAGAAUCGUCUGAAGGACUACAUGAAGUACGAAGCGGAAGUGACGCGACAAAUGAUAAUCUACAACAUGCUCAAGAGAUUGUUUGGCUACACUCAGGAUAUUGUGGAGGUUGAGGAUGGAGCCCUCUGAGCUGUAAAUUAUAAAUUUGUUCUCUAGACUUAUGAUAAAUAACCACACAGAUUAAAUAUAUAAAACAAGAUGCA